UUUCUAGAACGCACGUGAUCUAUCGAGUCUGUUGACGCACACAACGGAGGGAGGAGUUAACUGGAGGUUAUAAAAACACCCACGCUGUGGUUUUCCAUCCACCUUCCAAGCUCAAAUCAUCAGGCAAACGAUCCUUCGAGCGCCCUCAGCGGCUGCUGCAGCAGUGGUUCGAACAACGACGACGCUUACACUGGAGCUCUAAAAUUGACAACGGGGGCUCCCGUUAAAAGCCUACCAGCCAACGCAGUGUCAUCACUUGCUACUCUCUCUGAAACAGCCUUGAUUUUCGGAGAAGUGCAAAUUGAUACGCCGCAAACCACUGCUGCCGCACAUAAUCCAAGACAACAACAACAAAAAAAAACAAUCCACUUCAAAUCGAAGCAAAAUGGUGCAAAACAAGAUCACCGAAGUCACUGGAUUCCACCGUUCGUUCAAGGGCCAAAAUCCCUUUGAAUCAGGGGAAUUCUCUAAUAAUGGAUCCCAUCUUAUUGAAACGUCAUUUAAUUUUGGUUUAUCCCCAAGACAUGACAUGCCUUCAAGCCAGCCUAUUGACAUUCCUGAUGCCAGGAAGAGAAAUAAGAAGAAAAAGCGUUGCAGGGCAACAGACAGUUUCUCUGGGCGAUUUGAAGAUGUCUACAGACUGCAAGAAGUAAUACUAGGAGAGGGUGCUUAUGCCAGAGUACAAGCUUGCAUCAACCUGAUCACCAACAAAGAAUAUGCUGUCAAGAUCAUAGAGAAAGGACCGGGUCACAGCCGCAGCCGUGUCUUCCGUGAGGUUGAGAUGCUCUACCAGUGCCAGGGCCACAGGAACAUUCUGGAGUUGGUGGAGUUUUUUGAAGAGGAAGACAAAUUUUACCUGGUGUUUGAAAUGCUCAGAGGAGGGUCAGUUUUGGAGCAAAUUCACAAAAGACGACACUUCAGUGAACAGGAAGCUAGUGUGGUUGUGCACGACAUCGCCGGCGCACUGGAUUUCCUGCAUAACAAGGGAAUGGCUCAUAGGGACCUAAAGCCAGAAAACAUUCUCUGUGAGCAUGCAGACAAGAUUUCACCAGUGAAGAUCUGUGACUUUGACUUGGGCAGUGGCAUCAAGCUGAACAGUGACAGCUCACCCAUCUCUACCCCUGAACUCCUCACUCCUUGUGGCUCUGCAGAAUACAUGGCACCUGAAGUAGUUGAAGCCUUCAGUGAAGAGGCAACAAUAUAUGACAAGCGGUGUGACCUGUGGAGCCUGGGAGUCAUUCUCUACAUCAUGCUGAGUGGUUAUCCCCCCUUCGUAGGUCGAUGUGGGGGAGACUGUGGAUGGGAACUGGGAGAGCCCUGUCACACCUGUCAGAACACACUGUUUGAAAGUAUUCAAGAAGCAAAAUAUGAGUUUCCUGAGAAGGACUGGGCUCACAUCUCCCCAAGUGCCAAAGACCUGAUAUCCAAAUUACUGGUUCGGGAUGCAAAAAAACGCCUGAGUGCCAGCCAGGUGCUACAGCACCCCUGGGUGCAAGGAGGUGCAUUAGACACCUUACCAACCUCUAUCUUCCAUCAGAGGACCAGCAGUACCAGGGAUUUGACAUUCUUUGCUGACAAGGCCAUGGCUGUUAACCGGCAGCUAGCUGAGCAGGACGGCAUGGAAGAGCAGCAGCAACAGGAAGUCCCAUUUGUUGUUGCAGCCAGAGGCUCUUCUAUGUGUCUUUCUCCUCCAUCCAACUCUAAGCUGGCCAGGCGCAGGCAGCGAAGCAGCCAGCCAAAGGGAGGCCCCGUUUCUGCUGCAGAGCUGUGUCAGCUCUUGGCUCCUCUUGUUAUUGUGGGAGACUGUGCUUGACCUCCAACCUCAGUCAAACCUCAGUUUAGAGUGAAAACCCAGAUCAAAGACUACUCCAAGAUGUCCCUUCCCAGAAUUUGGCCCUUCUAUCUAGUUGGCCUCUGUUCCUUUGCAGUUCAGGCUUUACUGCCAAGCUGUAAAGGAAGAUGCUGCUUGCAGCUAUUCUCAAUGCCAUCUGCUCAUAUGCAGAACUUUGGGAGCACGUCAGCACACGGUCUGCAUUCAGCAAACACAACGUGCACAUUCAGGUUAGGCUGGAGGGUUAGUUAAAACUUUAGGUUUUUUUUUUUCCCCUCCCCUUUUCAAGUCAGGAGGUUUUUUUUUUUGACACUAAGCUCAGACACCAAAGGACAACCUGUUGUGCUGCUCCCCUGUUACAACUGGAACCACUGUGAAGUUAUCUAGAAUGUUCUCUUUUCCUGUAUGUAUAUGCAUGAAUAGCCCAUCUGCAGAUACAUACAAGUUUAUGCAAUAUGCCAAGAUGAAGGCUGUUCUGUCUUGAAAGAAUCUGAGCGCUUGAAAGGGCUGGAAGCCAACGCUGUCUGUGCCUGGUGCAGCCCAUCAUGUGGCUGCUCAAAGACAUUGUUUUCCCAUGUUUUUGAUGAAGCCCUCACAUUUGAGCCUAUUCUGUAGUUGAGCAUGCACUCAUUCAGCUUGGUGGCCAUGCACUAAAUCCUAGAUUAAUCAACUGUUAAUCUUUGCCCUAAAGGCUAAAUUGUACAGUUUUACCAAUUCAGUUUUAUUUGACCAUCAACAUUUUUGGUAUUUGAGACAACCAGUCGAGUUGACAUGAUGUACGGCCACCAAGCAAACCUUCAGCUUGUAUUUGAUAUGUUAACGGCUUAAUUACAGAUGCUGUUAAAUGACUUAGCAAGUGAAUCUGGGUCAGUGUUUAAUUGUAAAGAAUCCACAACCUGUUGCCUUUUUCUACAACCAGAUGUCUUUUUUCAUGGAUAUAUGCCUAUUUAACCUUAAAUGUUUUUGGUAGUAAAGGUAAGAACUCCUUAAGGGGUUUGAAAGCACAUGUUGUCCACUUGACCAGAGUAUCAUUUGAUCCAUUACAUUUAGCAUUUAUUUGGACCAUUUUGCUUAAAGGUGUUGCAGUAGUUUGUCUCUUUGACGCACCACAUUCAGAGUUAAGAUGAUCUAUUACGAAUAAUUGGCUGGCAAGUUUUCCAAAAAUUACAGUCUGAACAUUCCACAACAACCAAAAACUAAUCUUCCAGAUAUUUAGCUGUAUUAAGUUUACUUUGCUUUGUUUUUUAAAAACUCCAUGUCAAUGUGCCACACUGGGUUAUUUUAUUUCAUUUUUUUCACUUGUAUGGCUGUGUAAUAAGCUUAUAUACUCUGUAGGGUAUUUUUUUUUUCAGUUGGAACACUUUUAUUUUUUGUUAAAGUUCAGAUGAUGUGUGUGAGGUGAGAAGCAAAGCUUGUGUUAAGUGAAUCUGGAGCGUUCAGGCCCAGUGAAGGCAAGUUUAAUUUUAUGUUUAACGUGAACAAUUUGUUUUGAUUAAGUUGCGUAAGCGCAUUCUGUAACUGCCAGGUGAUGAACGGCUACGCUUCAGUUCUGUAGCCAUUUCCCCAAUUAGGGUUGAGUGUGUGUGUGUGUGUGUGUGAGAGAUCCAUCUCAAAGCAUUGAAACUCAUGUCCUGUUGCCAGCACUGCAGCCAUGGUACUCUGGAAUUCAUAAUAGGACACUGUAAUAGAAUACCCUCAACAGAUGCAUUAAUAUGGGGUUUUAUGUCUUAUAAUAAGACUUACUUGAAGUUGUGUAUGCAGCCGUUCAGUUUUGAAAACUACUUUGCUACCGGUAAUAAAGCGUAAGCUGAUGAUUAAAGCAAUCUUGGGGAUUUUGAAGAUAUAUACAUUUCAGUAUUCUGCCUUUUUUCCUCCUUUUUUAAGCUUCAUACAAGUUGGUCCCUUUCUAAAUGGGAUUGGAUGCAAACGCACAGGCUUUGACCAUGCUCUGUAACAACAGGUAUAACUGAGUUUUUUGGUCGUGACUAUUUCUGUCGACUGGCCGUUUUAGUUUUUUCUGGGGCUGCCUUUUCAAUAGGGUAUAAUUAAAUACUUCAGUCGCUCAAUGUGUAUUUUGGAGUAAAUAAGUGGUAAUCCUUCAUUCGAAUGGACAGUAUCAGAAACUUCCCUACAGUUUGAAUGUAACCUACAAGCCAAGCAUUUACAAUCCAGCAACACCGAACACAAGCUCUAUAAACGGCCCUUUUUAAUGGGGUUGUCUUGUUUGUACUGAUGUUCCUCAAACAUUCUUGAGCUGAAGUUGCAUUUUGUAAACACUGAAAAGCCCCCAGCCUGUUUUAUUCAGGGGAAAAAAUUUAGUAAAUGAGUCCUUAAGUACAAAAAAUUGAUUUAAAAUGAGCACUUUACAGUACCAUGUGAAUGAUUGCAGUUCACGCAAGGCAACUUUUCUAAGUUGCUACAGAAUUUUGUAUGGUUUUCUACAAAAAAUUGCAAUAAAAUGCUUUGAACUAC